ACAAAAGGAGAAGAGCCACUUGACCGCCCGCCCAAAAAUUCAAACAGUGGAAUGGCUAUGGCGCAGGCUGCGAGGUUGAACCUGCGAAUGCAAAAGGAAUUCAAGCUCCUACUUACUGAUCCACCUCCAGGCGCCUCUUUCCCCACUCUUUCCGGCGGUGAUUCCUCUCUCACCUCCAUCGAUGCGCUGCUUCAAGGACCCGAGGGAACCGUAUACUCUAAUGGCGUUUUCAAAAUUAAGAUCCAAAUACCUGAAAGGUAUCCGUUUCAGCCUCCGAUUGUGACUUUUGCAACGCCGAUAUACCAUCCUAAUAUAGAUAAUGGUGGGCGUAUUUGCUUGGAUAUCCUAAAUCUACCGCCCAAGGGCAUGUGGCAGCCAUCUCUUAACAUUUCAACUGUUUUGACAAGCAUCGGACUCUUACUAAGUGAACCUAAUCCUGAUGACGGCCUUAUGCAUGAAGCAAGCAGAGACUACAAAUAUAACAGACAAGCUUUUGAUCGCGAUGCAAAAUCCAUGACUGAAAAAUAUGCUCAACCUGGAGUGACUGAUAUUGCUAGGGACGAAGAUGGGUUCCAGACUCAUACAAGUAGAAGCACGUCACAAACCAAAAUGGAAGGAUCAGUUGCUCCCAUAUGCAUUCCCGAGCACAGGAAGCUGUCACUAGAGUCUCAAGGAUGCAGUAGGGACAGUGGUGUGGAGCUGUCUAAAAUGCCAAUUCAUAAUUCCUCAGAGAACCAUACUGGAACUGCACCGCUGAAAGAAGCUAUCAAGGAUUCAUUUAAAUACACUGGGACUUCUAGAAAAUUACAAACCGGAAGAUAUAAACUGUCACCAAAAGUUCCAGUUGCUUCCCAUAGUAGAAACGAAAAAAGUGGAAAUAGCAGCAUGUCAAAUCAGAGUCCAUUGUUGGAAAUCCAAACUGCUUCAGAUUCUCCAGAGUCCUCGUCGGUUCAGGCUGGGAACUUAGCAUCCAUGAAAGAUAAAGGUCAUGUAGAAAAAAGCCACAGCAUGAGUGUUGGUAAAGGACUGCAGUCAUUACACCUUGUUAAAACAAACCUGUGUAGGGACUCCGACGAAAAAUCACAAUGCACUCCCCAGGUGACUGUUUCCCAUCUUGGUUUAGCCAGGCUACAAAAAGGCUUGUUGUCGUCCCAUAAUAGCAACCAUGGUAAAGCCAAUCCUCCUAAAGAUGCUAUUGCCAGAAAAGGACAUUGCUCCACAAGUAUGAGUCUUAAGAAAAGAAGCUUGGUUGGGGUUAUGCCAUCUGCAGAACCUCCGAGAGUCCCUCAAAAUCAUUUACUAGAUGGUAAAGAGAACAUGGCUCCAUAUCGAUGUUUGUCGCCUCAACUAACUGAGCAAGCUGCUGCAUCAGCCAUGAAAUCAGCUUUUAUACCAGUAGCUUCGUCUCCUAAACUAUCUAAAGCAGCUGCAAAGCUUCCAGUAGAGCCUUUGAAUCAACUAGGAGGCAGCAACGAGAAUGUGAUCAUGCAUCCUGAGAACCUAUCACGUCCUCAUUUGAAAUGUCUGCACCCAGCAAGUGAUGUCAGGUCAGGUAAGAAGCAGCCUACUGUUGAGGUUUGUGAUGGAGAGAGUGCCGUCACAUUAAAAGAACUGGGUGAGGGGGUGCCAAUACCUGAUGAUGUAAUCGUCUUGGAUAGUGAAGAUAGUGAUGAUGAAAAUAUCCCUGUGAGGCGCAAGUUGUCGCUAACCAGAAGAUGCUUGUCUAGGAAGCGGAAAUCGGCCUUCUGAUCGCCUCUCCCUGCUUUUUUCGUGGCAGGAAGCUGUUCAAGUUCUUUCUUCCUCAAUAUAGGCAUUCAGUUGCAGCAAUUAGAGUUAAAAAAUUGGAUUCCAUACUUUUCUGGAAUGAAAAACGGAUAUGAAUUGCAAUGUAUUGCUGGAUGUAUCUGUUUUAUUGCAAUUCUAUUUUAGUAAUUGUAUUUGUCA